CUUUUAUUCUCUCUGAUCGCCAUUCCCGCUCGAUUACAAGAGCCAGUCCUUCCUUUUAGUUGCUUUUUGGUCCUUUUGGUCCGGUGACACCUACCGUCCGCUCCUUCCUCAGUCGGUUUAUACCGUUCAGUCUCUCUUUGAGCCAUCUUUGUUUCUUCUACAUUUUAAUCCCCCGCAUCUAUCUUCAGAUCGGAAUUACGCAGUCCACUUGGCACCGGCGCAUCUGAUACAUUAUUCUAUAAUCUCUUGAUCCUCGUUAGAGACUUUAUCAUAUUCAUCACAUCAUUUCAGUCGCCAUGCGUUCCGUAUUCUUCUUCGCACUCAGCGCUGUCGCUACUCUGGUCGCCGCGCGCGAAAACGCCUUCAACAUCCCCAAAAAUGGAUAUUCAUUCACUGCUGGCGAGGCCACCACCCUGAGCUGGGAACCCAGCACUGAAGGAACCGUGACUCUCAAACUUCAGCACGGCGAGGUCUUGACUUCCGAUUCUGGCACCACCAUUGCUUCUUCCAUUCCUAACUCCGGAAGCUUCACCUGGAGCGUGCCUUCUGAUAUCGAGGAUUACUCUGACUACACCAUCGAAAUCAUCAGUGACUCUGACCCGGACGCCACCAACUAUCUCCCCCGUUUCUCUGUUGAGGGCGCCGAGGAAGUGACCACUACUUCGUCUACGACCAGCACUGAGACGACGACGACCACCACCACCACGGAGACCUCUAGCACUACCACAGAGACCACCCUGACCACCACCACUACUACCACUACUGAGUCGACUACCUCCCCGACUCCGACUUCCACCACCGAGACCCCUAGCAAGACCCCCGCCAGCGCUACCUCUACUGAGUCUUCCAGCACCAGCACCUCGUCGGAGUCUGCCACUGACACCCCUACCUCGGUUCCUAACGUGAACGGUGAGGAUGGUGACAACGCGGGCAUGUCCAACCGCGUUUCCGGUGGCCUGUUGGUGCUUGCGCUUGGUGUUGCUGCUCUCGUCUAAGAUUCUGUCUUUGCGCUCUAAGUCAGUUUUCUUUUCGUGGUGGGCCUGUUUCCUGGCAUGCGCUACUGUGUAUCAUUUGAACACUUUUUUCUUCUCACUCUUCUUCAGCUUCUUCAUGCGUUGAUGUGCAGGGAUGUGCAUGAACUGUAUUGAUAUUAUCAUCCUCGUUCCAGCUUUUGCUUGGUUACGACUUUUUUUGGUUGACCGUGAGUGUAUCCGCGGCAGCGUAUCUGAUCACUGAUUACCCGACUACCCGACUGCGUUGUCUAUUGUGCUUGAAAACUUGGUUGUUGCACCGGUAAUUGGCCUUGUCCGGCAUGCAUUAUGUAUAUACGUAUCCAGUAAUGAAUGUGCGACGUCACUUUUG